AUGCUGCCCGCCGAGGAAAUGGGCGCGGCGCUCCCCAGGGCUUCUCCGAGCCCCGAGCCCUCCAUGUACAGGCACAGGCCCGCCUCGGAGCUGACUCAGGAUAUUUCCCAUGUGCUAACCAAAGUUUUUAAGAGCUUAUACACUUCAGAGGUGAUAGCAGCAGACAUGGUGGAUAACAUGAUCAAAUCACAUGGAGGAAACAAUCCCCAUCACAAACACUUUGUGGAAGAGUUGCGAAAGCUCCGGGAAGAGUAUAAUCACCGACAAAUGGAGGCAGAAAUGCUGGAAAGGCACAUCAUCCAAGCCAGGGCCAGGGCCACAGCCGAAGAGGAAAGGCUCUUGAAUUUGCACCAGCAGGAAGUUCCAGAAACCUUCCGCCAAGUGGCCAAGCCAUCAGUGAAGUCUACAUUCAGAUGGUGUGUGGACGGUGCCCUUCUUAAAAAACACCACUUAAUCUGCCCUGACGAUUACAUCACAGAUCCGGUACUAGUAACCCACGCUCCUAAAGAUUUCUCAGAACCGGGCUAUUUGAAAGAAACGGAUUGUAAACACUACGUUCCUCCUGACUCAGAAGCUCUCGAGUUCAAGGAAAGCUCACGCAUCAAAAAGCUGUGGGCAAGUCUUCCAGAUGUGUCUCUGUCCAGUUUAACGCUGGAGUCUUCGGAUAUUAAUUUUCCAGACGGAACCAUGACAUCAUUUCACAGGAAGAAAGCUAGAGCCUUGGGCAAACCUGUCUGGAUGGAUGAAAUGUCCAGAGCUGACCGGCAGAAAGACCGUCUAUAUCUUCAGAGAUUGAAAGACCGCCACAAUUUCCUGAAAAACCCUCGUUUUUUCCCACCUAAUACGCUCCAUGGAGGCAAGUCCUUGAUUCUGCCUCAAAAGAAGGCGGAGCGGAUGGUAGGAGGAAGAAGGAAGUUUGUGAUGGAAAGCCAUUCCCAGUCAGUACCCAUCUUCCUCUCAAACCCUCCCGCAGUGGUGUUUACAGAAUAUGAAAUUGGCCAGGUUUAUGAGAUGACAAUAGAGUUACAGAACAUGACCUCAACAUCCCAGAGCGUCAGAAUUAUUCCUCCAGCUACAUCUGCCUUCUCGGUUGUGAUGGGGAAAUUUCCAGGUGAAGGUGGGCUUGUCGCUCCCGGGAUGAGCUGUUUCUACAUCAUCCAGUUCAUUCCUGAAUAUCUUGCAGAUUAUGAUGAUUAUUUACUGGUGGAAUCUCAGGCAGCCUAUCCGCUCCUGGUCCCUUUGCAAGGCAGAAGACCACCCCCCAUUUUAACACUGCCACACGUCCUGGAAUGUGGGGCCUGCCUGGUGGGCGGAGUAAAAUUUGUAAAGUUUGAGUGCAAAAAUGAAGGGCUCAGUAUCGGAAAGUUUUGCAUCAUGGCGAAGGACAUGUGGCCACCUCCUAACUUUCGGUCUGUCGCCACUCUGGGUUACGUGAAGCAACAUCCAUUUGGGAUUUGUCCGGCUGUCUUUGAACUUAUUCCCGGUCAGUCUAUCCCAAUUGAGGUGGUGUUCAUGCCCAGUUCUGCUGAAAUCGUAUCGGUGACCUACAUCAUCGUUUGUGACAACUGCCAUAUCCACGAGAUUAUCGUCACAGGACUCGGAGAGCUGAUAGCUUUGGAACUUUUGUCUGUUUCUGGUGGAGAGAGCAUCCUUCAGCCCGGCGAGCUUAUAGACGUGACCUCACAGCACCUUGUACGUUUUGAGCCACUGAAUCCCCAUUCCAUGGCAGAGAAAACACUGAUUGUGAGAAAUAAAACCCACGUAGAACUUCCUUACUUCUGGCAAAUAGUGAAGCCCAACCUGCAGUCACUAACCCUGGAAGGAAAAAUGAACAUUGCAAAUAUAAAGUACAACCUGGACACAGAGACCGCUUUCUCCGUCGUUCCUAAUUCUGGGACUCUGCAAGCCCAUUCCGACCAUCCGUUCACCCUCUGUUUCUGUCCACAGGAGCUAAAGAAAUACCAUAGUGUGCUUCAAAUAGUGCUGGAGGAUAUCCCAGAAUCACAUUCUAUCCACAAUUCAGAGUAUUAUGAAAACGGAGAACGGCGAAAGGAAGAUGUGAUUGUCUUAGAAAUUGACAGCAAAGGCUCCACGGAACCAUUUCAGAUCUUGUUAAAUCCUUCUGCUAUGAUCAUCCCAGGAGAAAACUACAUUGGUGUGAAUAUUAGGAGAACAUUUGAGAUGCUUAACAAUAGCAACUCUGCCAUCACAUUUGGAUGGGGGAAAAUCUUUGACUGCGACAUAGUGGAAGUUGAACCUUCAUUUGGAACGCUAGGUAAAAUAUCUUUUUGUGAGUUUGAGUUUGUGAUCACGGGAGGGAAACCGGGCCAUUCCUGUCACAAGCUACAGUGUGAAAUCACUCACUCAGAGGAGCCUGUCGCUUUGUACGUUGAGGCUGACUUUAAGGGGCCUCUUCUUUCCAUUGACGUGAUAUCCAUCGAUAUGGGUUUGAUUAAACUGGGAGAAAAAGUGACGCGUGUUUUGGAAAUAGAAAACUUAAGUCAGCUGCCAGGAAAAUGGAAAAUGCAGGAAAGACUUAGCUGCAUAGCAGAAAGGGCCGAGGAGGUUUCGGCCUUCAAAAUUCAGCCUUCUAGUGGGGAACUGAAUCCUCUGGGUAAAUGUCUUGUCUCGGUUUCGUUUACUUCGUAUACAUGUCAUCAUCUCCAAACUGUAUUAGAGAUGGACGUGGAAAAUGGAGUUGGAAGCCACAUCCCUGUAUCUGUGGAGGUGCAGGUGCCCCAGGUGUGUCUGCUGCCGAGUCACUUACACUUCAAACUUGCCACUGGGAUCCCCGCAGAGGCAACAGUCCACCUUUUCAACCAGACGUUGCUCCCCACACCCUUUAAAUGGGGAGAGCUGCUUGGAAGUCAGGGGUCUUCGUGUCUGCUGAGCGUCUCCCCAGAAAAUGGAGUUUUGGGCCCAAAUGAGAAGAAGGAGUUCUGUGUGGUGAUGACGUAUAAUAAGAAGGAUAAGCUGAAUGACCUAGUCUUGUGCUGUAGCAUUGAAGAUAUGUCAGAGCCACUCUUUCUGGCUAUGUCUGGUGAAGUAAAAGAGCUGUGGGUCACCUACUCGGUUCCCUUUGACAGUGAUGAGGAACAAAACUUAACGGAUUCAGAAAAUCUAAAACUCAGAUUUGGCUCUGAGGUGGCCUUGGAGAGUGUGAUAAAGCGUCAGUUGAUCAUUAUCAACCAUUCCGAAUUAGCUGCUCCCUUCACCGUAGAAGUUGAUUAUUUCAGCAGCCCUCCACAAUCUUCUGAGGAUCAAGAAGGGGACACGAUGCUGGAGAAAACCAGGCGAAUAACACGACCAAUCCUAAAGAAGAAGCAGUCGGCCUUCCGAGGGGGCAUGCUGUCCCAAGGGAAAGGAGCGGCUUUCCACGUGCAUCCGUCGGAGGGGAUCCUGGAGGCUUGCCAGAAAUUUAAUAUAGAAAUCACAGCCUACAACAAUAUGUGGGGACAUUAUAAGGAUGUUCUCAUCUGUAAGAUGGGUGAUUUAGAGCCAAGGUUGAUCCCCAUGGAAAUGUCAGUGAAAGGCUGCCCCAUCUUCCUGCAGAUGACUGGACCAAGCCAUCCCAUGGCGACCCCCAUCAUCAGGUUUGGAGCUCACAUCUCUGGAGGAGACACCGUCUCACGGUACAUCCGUCUCAAUAACCCCACUCCCUUCGACAUUCGAAUGGACUGGGAAAGUUACAACCAAGAUAAAGAUGAUGACAAACUGAUCGAUCUGUUGGUGUUUUAUGGUGCACAGUUUCCAAUCAAGGACUCAGAUGGCAAUGAGAUCAAUGUUCUCUGGAAGUCAGACACAUCCUCUAAGAAAAUGUCUUCCACUUCAGACUCUACCUGGUCAUCAGCCAGGGAGAACCUGAACCUGGGGACACUUUUUGAGGAUGAUGAAGGAAGUUCUGAUGACUCCUACCGGGAACCAGAGACGCGCAAGCCAAUAGUCUCUGUGGUCCUUCGACCUCACGAGGGCGUUCCCUCGGAUUACCCUUUCUGCAUCACUCCCAAACAGAUUGUUAUCCCUGCAGGGGGCGCCGCUGCCAUUCACAUCUCCUUCACUCCUCUGAUGCUUCCGGAAAUCAUUCAUAAGUUUGAAUGUGAAGGUUUUGCGCUGGGCUUCAUGAGUCUGGACAGAGAGAUUAUUCGGAAAGUCCCUGAGAAAGUAACUCGUGAAGAUGGCCAUUCUCUUGCCCCACUGAGGAUUGAUUUGCAAGCAUUUGUCAAGCCUGCUCUGUUGACAAUUGAAACAGAUCUUGAGAAAGGGUUGGUGUUCCACGCAGUGGCCAGCAGUUUAAUCCCAGAACCCCUUGUCAAGGAUGUGCUGAUCUAUUCAGCUACCACUCUGAACGUGAAGCUCACCAAUAACACAGAGACCCCUCUGGCAUUCAACCUUCUUUUAUCCACUCCCUUCUCUAUCUCUGGCGUGGACCCUGCAAAGAGCGUGAAAACAUCUCAGAAUGAAAGAGAUGAAGGAGGAGCACACCUGUUACUCUACGCACUAGAAAAUAUGUUGGUGAAGGUGUCAUUUCUCACAACCUUUGAGUUACUCACCUACCAGCAUCUCCCAGAGGACCAUCUGCCAACAGGGCUCCAAGUGAUCCAGCAGGACAGCGGGGAGAAGAUCCUGGAGUUUAAACAGGAUCUUAUCAUUGAGUACAGCAACAAAGCUACGCAGGUGCUCCCGUUGACUGCAUACCUGACCAUCCCAAUGUUUGAGCUCUCUUGUGAAAUGCUUGAUUUUAAAACCUGCCUAGUUAACCAAACAAGGUCUGAAGGUGUACUUCUGGUGAACCGCAGUGGAUGCAGAAGCUACUGGGCAGCUUUCCUGCCUGAAGAUGAACGGCAUAAGGAUCCCGAAGUGUUUUCCAUCUCUCCAAACAGCGGCAUCCUUGAGGCUCGCAAAGGUAGCACCGCUACCAAAGCCCAACUGGUGGUCCGCUUCACGCCCAGAGACAACGUGGCCUAUGAAACCACAGUGACCGUUGUUGGCAUGCUGGGGGAGAAGCCGUGCCUGCUGCUUGUCCACGGAAAGGGCUCCUACGAUGAGAAGUAUGAAGACCUGCUCAGGAGCACCUGAAGAACAAGCCACGGGGGGCUUCUUGCAGGCAGCUUAAAG